GAUAAUUCCGCAAGUUCAAGCACUAAGCAAGAUGAUACAUUAGCCGAUAUAGAUCCACUUGAGACAAUUGCUGAAUCAUCUCCUAAACAAGAAAUAAAGACAGAAGGUAUGGAGUCAGAGGUAAAUAAAUCAGAAGUUGAAAAAUCAGCAGACGACAUUGCACUUGCUGAUGACGUACCUAAACGUGGUGCUACUGACGACACUGAUAAUGAAGCUGAUGAUCUGAAAUCCGAAGAAAUAGUGCAGACCAAGGAAAGUAAGAAUGAUACCGACGAUGAAACAAACAAAGAAAAAGAGGAAUUAAAUGAAGACGAUUCAGGCGGAAAAGAUGUCGAAAAAGAUGAUGGCCAAAAUGAGACAGAAACAAAUGAAGAUAAUGAAAAGCCCUCAGACCAUGAUAGAGGAGAAAAUGAGAACGAAGAAAAGGUAUAUGAAAGUGAAAAAUUAGACCCUGUCGUUGAGGAGGAAAAGAAGUCGAAUGAAGCGGAGAUACUUCCUCAAGAAGAGGAACCUCCUAGAGAGAAAACUCCAGAGCCUGAACCUAUAAAGAUAACACGUAAUAUUGACAUUGACAAUGCAGUAACAGUGAUCGAAGAUACUGAGGGAAGUCUCAAAGAUCUACUGAAUGAUAUGAAAGAACUCUUAACAAACUACCAAGAUAGAGUAAAUUCACAAUCUCUUUCAGAUUUCACAAAUGAUUUGGAUAAGUUCAGAGGUGACUUUGAGUCUUUAAAAGAUGCUUUCAAAUAUAGUGAAGAACUGUUUCAUUAUCUCAAUAAAACUUUGAAAGAUUUGAGAAUGCUAGGAGAUAAUAUGAAUUCACUCAUUCAGAAGAAGUUUCGAAUGGAGGACCUAACAGUUUGGUUGGAAUCUCCUGAGGAGAGAUUGGAAGAAAAAGAAAAAUUGAAGGAAGAGCGAAUAGCCGUGGAGAAAUCUGCGAUGGCGAAGGCUGCAGAAGCACGUGCCGCUAUUGCACGUGCAGCUGUGGGUGUGACAGAGUCUAGUUUAUACGCCGCUGAGGUAGAAGCAGAAGCUGCAGAGGCCGAGGGUGUCGCCAUGAGAGCGUGGGAAUCGGCACAGAAUGCCAGGAGAGAUAUGGAAGAAGCCGAAAAAGCUGCUGUUGAAAAGCGUAAAGCUGAAGAAGAAGCAAGAAAAAGGGCAGAAGAAAGAGCUCAGAAGAAGGCUGAAGAGGAGCGACUUCGUCAAGAGGAGGAAAACAAGAGACUUCAAGAAGAGGCGGAAAAGAAGGGAACUUCAUUUGAAGAUGAAAAACGACAAUUUCUCGAAGAAAAGGCGAGAAAAGAGGAGGCUAGAAAAAAUCCGAAAAACUGGCCAAGAUAUAUUUAUAGCAUUGAGUCUGCUAACCUUGAUCAAGGGGUACCUGGGUGUGUCAUCCGGGCAAUUGAAGGCAGUAUGACGCGUGAUGACGUGACUGUAACAGCUGUCGAUCAAUUGUCUGGUACUCUGACCCUGGUAGAGAACGAGGAAUUAAUAAGCAACAUCAUAUUAAUCAAAUCAACAGACCCUGAGAAGAAAUUUCAGUUUGAAGAACCAGUAGCUGUUGCAAUACCUCACUGUCUACAGAGAAACAUUCCCGGUAGAGAACCAGUUAUUAAACAGCUGCAACCAAAUGGCAGGUGGGCGGAGCUCCCCACAAAUGACGUCAUUAUAGAAGACAUCCGCGAAUUAAAGUUCGUAGAGAUAAGGACACGAAGAUUUGGGGUAUUUGCUGUAGUGCUGAGGCUUAAGAAGGACACACUCGCAUUCAUGAGAAGAGGAAACAAAGUUAAUUCCACUGUUGACGCUCGCAUAACCUUCACCUGUAAACCAGGAACAUUCAAAAACAACGUUUGCUUUACUAGUGAGGUACAAACACUGGAUGUCAAUACAGUAACAGAUCUCAAUAAACGAUACCCUACCGAAUGUGGCAGCCUUCUCUCCUCUAGUCCAAUACUUAGAUUUCAAAUACCAAACCGGAAGUUUGCCAAACCUUUGACCUUGACACUGCCUCUUCCGCCGAAUACAGUCAAACAGAAGCGCCCACAGAGCGUGGCUCCAGGAUCAUUGAAUAGAGAAAAAAUGGACCAACGGGAGCAGGCGCCCGCACGACCAGUAUCAAGCAUGGGAUUUACCCCCAAAGAAGAUGAACCAGAAGAAGAAAGUCACUUAAUUGUCCGCGAUGACAAAGGUCCUUGGAUGGUGCUGCCGAAAGUUAAUCUUGUCCAACCUAAAAAUAAAGAUAUUGUCACUUUUGAUAUUAAAGAGCCCCAUGACAGGUUUAUUCUUGUGAAAACCAAGCAAGGAGUAUCUCCAUUGUCAAUCGAGAAAAUAGCAAAUCACGUAGAAAAAGCGAUUCAUCACAGAACAAUGCAUGUUAUAUUACGUCAAAGGAGCGACGACCCUAAUGAAAUAGUCAUGAUGUGCUGUCCUGCGAGUAAAACAGAGAAAAUCAUAAAGAAGCUGGGAGAAGAGGGAUUUGACGAGGGGCCACCACCAAGCAAGGACAUUAUCGUCAAAGAGGGACAAAUAUUAACGGUGGGGUUCAGAGGAAACAUUCAGUGUGAUAAUGAUGACGACAUCAAAAUGGUAUUCAACACUUUCAUCCGUGGUAGAAAAGAGUUCAGCGUAGAAGAGAUUGAUAAAUUUGCCCAAAAGAGUUUUCCUUUCUACCGCGGAUUUGCGCAAGUUUUUACCAAGGUUAUGGUCCAGAGACCGGUGGUGGCUGCAGAUAAGGCCAAGGCGCCACAAAAACCUGGCGCUAUGGAGUGGGUGGAGGAGGACGUUCUACUGACAGAACUCCUGAUCAACAUUCCAAAGCCUGAACCAGAACCACCCAAACCACUGGCUACGGCUCCAAUAAGGGUCAGCGCUGAGGGACCCAACAAGGAGGACGUUUUGCAGUUUGUUGCUGGUGAAUUGGGAGACGAGUGGAAGAAACUGGCACAGUACCUUUGUCUGAAGUCUGUCCGUAUCCAGGCUAUUUUACGACAGAACAACCAAAACCCAGAUCCUAAGAAAAUCCGAUACGACAUGUUGGUAACCUGGGCCAAAAGAGUCCCUCGAUGUUUAAAUAAGCUGGAGAUACUGGCUCAAGCUUUGAACGCUUGCGGGAGAGGAGAUUUAGCCGCAGAACUUCGGGAUCGAGAUGAGGAAUUUAGGCGGCGACGUGCGCUAGCAUUUAGAGAUAGCUACUUGAGGAGGGCUUUCGUUAAAGUUGCUCAAAACCCAGAAGCUGUGAAAGGAUGGAAGACCAUAGCUUCACGACUUGGUGUUUCUAGCGAUGACGUAAAUGAAAUUGACCAAUCAGCGCCAUCGAUACAACAGAAAUGUUUCUCCAGCCUCCAAAGAUGGCAAAAGUCUGUCGGUGACGAAGCGACGCUGCCGAUAUUGUCAGAAAAAUUAAGAGUUUGCAAGUACAGACAGUUAGCAAGAGAUAUUGAAACGAUCUCCUAGAAGUCGAAGGAUAAUUACGUGCUUCAAACUGACUGCAUGUCUGAUAGGAAAAUCUGCACGAUAGAAUAAAUGUCUAACAACUCUAUCAAUCUUAUGAAAUUCGAUAUAUCUAAAAUAGUUCAGUCUUUCAUAUUUUAAUAAUGAAAAAAAAUUAGUCCCAAGCCUAUUCCUACAGGUAUUGCCAAAGAUCUUCAAUUGUUAGUAAUAAUAUUCUGCUAUAUACAUGUAUUUACUGUUUGAGAUUUAAAUCAAAUCAAAGACCGUAACUUGUGCCUAUAUCAGUACAUAUGUACAGUAUACAUAUAUAUCAAUAUUUAUACAUAGAGUACUUUUACAUUCAAGAAAAUGGACAGGUGUGGUGGAA